AAUUUUAAGGCUAUCUGCAGAGAUUUGAAAAAUGGCAAUAAAUGAAACUGUCAGCAUCUUUAGUUCAGCAUCCUUGGCUGUGGAGUAUGUAGAUUCGCAUUUACCAGAGAAUCCUCUGCAAGAACCAUUUAAAAAUGCUUGGAACUAUAUGUUAAAUAAUUACACAAAGUUCCAGAUUGCAACAUGGGGCUCCCUUAUGGUUCAUGAGGCUCUUUAUUUCUUAUUCUGUUUACCUGGAUUUUUGUUUCAAUUUAUACCUUAUAUGAAAAAGUACAAAAUUCAGAAGGAUAAGCCAGAAUCAUUGGAAAACCAGUGGAAAUGUUUUAAAGUUCUUCUAUUUAAUCACUUUUGUAUCCAGCUGCCUUUGAUUUGUGGAACCUAUUAUUUUACAGAGUAUUUUAAUAUUCCUUAUGAUUGGGAAAGAAUGCCAAGAUGGUAUAUGCUUUUGCUAAGAUGCUUUGGCUGUGCUGUGAUUGAGGAUACGUGGCACUACUUCCUGCAUAGACUCUUACACCAUAAAAGCAUAUAUAAGUAUAUUCAUAAAGUUCAUCAUGAGUUUCAGGCUCCAUUUGGAAUGGAGGCUGAAUAUGCACAUCCUGCAGAAACCUUAAUUCUUGGAACUGGAUUUUUCAUUGGAAUCGUGCUUUUAUGUGAUCAUGUAAUUCUUCUUUGGGCAUGGGUGACCUUUCGUUUGAUGGAAACUAUUGAUGUACAUAGUGGUUAUGAUAUUCCUCUCAACCCGUUACAUCUCAUCCCUUUCUAUGCUGGUUCACGACAUCAUGAUUUCCACCACAUGAACUUCAUUGGAAAUUAUGCUUCAACUUUUACAUGGUGGGAUAGACUUUUUGGCACAGACUCUCAGUAUAAUGCCUACACUAAAAAGAUGAAGAAAAUGGCGAAAAAGAUGGAAUAAAUCUCUUCUGUACAUUCUCUUGAAGAUACACAUCUUGUGGAAUUGAAACUAGUAGCUAACAUUGCUUCUGAUAUAAGCAUGUGUAUUGGCUGCUAAGUGAUAAAAUGAACAUUAACAUUCUUUAAUUAUCUUCCUAAUGGGAACUCUUUCUACUUUACAUACAAGUCUUGUUUAUGUAUAAAUAGAUAAAUAUAUAUUUAAGUACAGUUUUCAUGAGGAAAUCUGAAAUGCCAUUUUGCUAACCUUACAAAAAAGAUUUUAAAUACUGGAAGAAGUAUUACUCUUCACCCCCACCCCCAAUUAAUACCAUAUGUCUGUAUUUAAAAUUGGUUUUUAAAUCUUAUAAAUCUGUACCACCCAUUUCAAAAAACUCUUUAAUUGUGGUGUUGGCCUUAUAUUGAACUCU